AUGUAUAAUAGCCACACAGAUAUCUGGAUUGCCGGCGCGUUUGCUGCCAUCACCGUGGAUUUCGUCGUCUUCCCAUUUGACACCUUGAAAACCCGCAUUCAAUCCCCGAACUAUGAACAAGUCUUCAAGGAUGCGCGUACAGGUGCUGUAAAGCGCAAUGUACUUUUUCGUGGUCUAUACCAGGGUGUGUGGAGUGUUGUAUUCUCUACAAUUCCAGCUUCCGGAGCCUUUUUCACAACCUACGAAGCAGUCAAAUAUGCCUUCUACAAUUCAUCCAACAAUCAAGGACCAGAAUCUGAAUCUCAAUCUCGACACUCACGCUCCACACUCCGUCUGCCAUUCACCCACUCUCUCCCAACACCAAUUAUUCACGCCAUCGCCUCCUCAUCUGCCGAAAUGGUCUCAUGCCUCUUGCUUACACCAGCAGAAGUCAUAAAACAAAACGCGCAGAUGGUCAACAGCAACAAGCAUACCAAAAACAACACAUCGGCUAUGCGACAGGUUAUUUCACGCUUCAAAUCCCAUCCCUGGCGUCUUUGGAGUGGAUACACUGCUCUUGUGGGGCGUAAUCUUCCGUUUACGGGACUCCAGUUUCCGAUGUUUGAGUUUUUUCGCGAGCGCCUCACUGAUUGGAGACGAGGACGGAAGGGACAGCGGGAAAGUUCUGGGGUAGAUGAUCGUAAAUCGUCGUCUAGGCAGAGAGAAGCGCUUAUUGAGAGAGCGGGGAUAACUGGGGCUUCGGCCGCUGUGGCGGGGACCAUUGCUUCUUUUGUGACUACGCCUGUUGAUGUUGUGAAAACAAGGGUCAUGCUUUCUGCUGCUACGGAUAUAUCGGGACAGGAGUCUGAGCCGCGAGCUCAUAUUGAUGGUGCAGAGGGGAACUCAAAGCGAAAGGGUAAAAGCGGGGCAUUGAUUAUUGGAAAGGAGAUAUUUCGCAAGGAAGGGGUGAAAGGCUUGUUCAAGGGUGGUGCUAUCCGGUCUUUAUGGACGGCUAUUUCAAUGAGUCUCUAUCUUAGCAUGUAUGAAGGCGGAAGGAUGGUUCUGGAAAAUCGACGCAAGAGAACGGAGGGCAUUAAGGAGGAUGGGGAAGUAGUUAUCUAG